AUGCAGCUCUCUCACCUUACGCCUGGUCAAGAGGCCACCGUCACUGCCUUUGACGAUAGCCUCGAGUACUGCAAAGUCCAGCUAGCGUCCGGCGGCUCAGUUGAGCUCCCUGGCAACGUCGAACAGCGCUUUGGCUGCGAAAUGGCUGCGAACUACUUCGCUCACCUGCUCGGCCUCGAAAUCGGUCACAAGGUCACUGUAUACACCGGCGGCGACGGUCUUCAUACGAUUGUCCGAUUUGUGCUAGAGCAGGAAUUGCGCGGUCCCGAUUUCUCAAUGAGCGCAGAACCUUCGUCUUUCACCUCCACUUCCACCGAGCAACCUACAACCGCCACCAAUACUGCUUCCAGUAUCCGCAAGGGACCUCCGCGCCCAAUGAACUGCUGGAUGCUGUAUCGCGACACGAGGCACAAGCAACUCAAUUAUCAAUAUCCGCACCUGACGGUCCAACAGAUAUCGACUCUCUGUUCUGAGGAUUGGAAGAACCUUCCCGCAGCCCAGAAGGACGAGUGGCGAGCGCGUGCCAAAGACGCGAAGGAAGAGCACCAGCGCAUGUAUCCGGACUACAAGUACAGCCCUCGCAAGCCAGGCCAGAAGAAGAAGCGCCAAUCCCGAAAGGCUGCACGGGCUGCUAUGACUGCAACUGCUCCAGCACACAUUACCCCGUCAGGCGAGAUUCACUCGGCUUCUCAAUCAGACAUAUCCCCAGUAUCAGUGGGGUUCGAUGUUGACACCUUCGCCGCCUCCGAGAAUAUACUGGACAACAUCAAUGACACUCUGUUUGGUGGUUCAGUCCAAAUGAGCGAGGUCGACGAUGCACCGUCACAACAAGGACCGCUAUUCCAUGACAACGAGACCGCUAGGCAUAAUAUGCUUGAAGUUGAACUCGAUCCCGAUUUCGACUUCGAUCCUUAUGAUUUCCUCGGCGAUGAAGGUUACGCCUUCCGAGAUGGAGCCGAUGCGAGCAUCACUUUACCGUGUUUCACGUCAGAAAUGUUCUAG